GUCCCCUAAAAUGUGAUUCUUGAUCAGAUAAUUUUCCAAGGUUCUAGAGCCUCUGGAGAGGAUUCAAGAGAGAGAAAGAAUUUCUAGUGCCCCGCAGGACCCAUGAAGAAUGAGAGAAUGCCGUACUGACUUCCACAUGGUAGUUCUGCUUGGCAGUUUCUGUUGCCAAAUAGCUUUUAAAAAAAAAUCAGAUACAGAUACCGUUUUUGGCAAAGGGGCUGUCAUUUACCCAUAAAAACCAAAGUCCUGUGCUGGGAGUCUUUGUGGCCCAAGGGCUCUGCUGCUCAUUCACCGCGGAAGUGGGUGAGGACAGCUCGAACGCCCAGCUUCUGCCUCCUGGGGUAGAGGACAGGUUCCCACCCAUUCUCUCAGCUAUCACGUGAGCACAGAGCCUAAGGUUUGGACUGCACACACCCUCCUGGAGUCCCAGGAUUCUUUCCUGCAGAGCCAGGUCCAGUCAUUACCACCCUGGAUCUCCGGGACCUUCUGUUGAGCAGGGCCCUGGCACCCGGACUCGAGGCAGAAGCAGAAUCUCAUGUAGCCAGGUGGGUGAAGGGGAGCGAGGACGUCCCACCUGCCUUGAAGAAGACGCCUUCUGACCUGCUGAGGGAGUGACCAGGUGGUUUCAACAGCCUGACAAUGGACGCCAUUCACAUCAGCAUGUCCAGUGGUCCCCUGGUGAAGCACACUGCAGGAGCUGGACCCAAGACCAGCAGACCCCGAGUCAUGUCCAAGAGUGGGCACAGCAAUGUGAGAAUUGACAAAGUGGAUGGCAUAUACUUACUCUACCUUCAAGACUUGUGGACGACCGUCAUUGACAUGAAGUGGAGAUACAAGCUCACCCUGUUUGCCGCCACAUUUGUGAUGACCUGGUUCCUUUUUGGAGUGAUCUACUAUGCCAUUGCAUUUAUUCACGGGGAUUUAGAACCGAGGGAGGAUGUUUCGAAUCACACCCCCUGCAUCAUGAAAGUGGACUCUCUCACUGGAGCGUUUCUCUUUUCCCUGGAAUCCCAGACAACCAUUGGCUAUGGAGUCCGUUCCAUCACGGAGGAAUGCCCUCAUGCCAUUUUUCUGUUGGUUGCUCAGUUGGUCAUCACAACCUUGAUUGAGAUCUUCAUCACAGGCACCUUUCUGGCCAAGAUUGCCAGACCCAAAAAGCGGGCAGAGACCAUCAAGUUCAGCCACUGCGCAGUCAUCACCAAGCAGAACGGGAAGUUGUGCUUGGUGAUUCAGGUGGCCAACAUGAGGAAGAGCCUCCUGAUUCAGUGCCAGCUCUCUGGUAAACUCCUCCAGACCCACGUCACUAAAGAAGGGGAGCAGAUUCUGCUCAACCAAGCCACCGUCAAAUUCCACGUGGACUCCUCUUCGGAGAGCCCCUUCCUCAUUUUGCCCAUGACAUUCUACCACGUACUGGAUGAGACGAGUCCCCUGAGAGAUCUCACACCCCAAAACCUGAAGGAGAAGGAGUUUGAACUUGUGGUCCUCCUCAAUGCCACCGUGGAAUCCACCAGCGCAGUCUGCCAGAGCCGCACAUCUUAUAUUCCAGAGGAGAUCUUCUGGGGCUUUGAAUUUGUGCCUGUGGUUUCUCUCUCAAAAAAUGGAAAGUAUGUGGCUGAUUUCAGUCAGUUUGAACAGAUCCGAAAGAGCCCAGAUUGCACCUUUUACUGCGCAGAUUCUGAGAAGCAAAAACUUGAGGAGAAGUACAGGCAGGAGGAUCAGAGGGAAAGGGAACUGAGAACUCUUUUGUUACAGCAGAGCAACGUCUGAUGGCAGCGGUCACCCCAGGUUUAACUCUGUGAGCUGUUUCCACAUCUGAGCUCCCUUCGAAUGCAAAGGUCACUGUGAAAAUGAAAAUGUGUGGAUUCAUUCUAAAAAACUAUACAGACAUACAAAAUCCAUUUUUUUCCUUUGAUCUGGCACCUAAGCAAACAUUUCCACAUUUGAGAAAGUUCCUUUUUAAAAUGCUUUGUCUGAAGCAAACUCUCAAAAUUCCUAUUUUCUAAAAUGGGGCUAUAUUUCCAAAAACGUGGUGUAGGACAAUUGAAAUAAUGUUGUGCUGGGUGGACAGACAUUUAGCAAUGCUGGUGUUGAAAGGAAAUGCAUUUCUAUACAGGAUAUCAGCUAUAACUUAAGGUAUUUAUUCAAAACAAGUAUCAAAGACGUUGGGCUGAGAGUUGAAAUGUGGUUCAGUAUUCCUUUAUGCCAUUGCUUUACAACACCCUCUUUUCGAGCAGAGAAAAUGUUAUCUUUAUUGGAAGCUAUCUGGCAAGUCAAGGGGACUCUGUACUCACAAAAAUAAUAAAAUUAUAAUAAUUCCAUUCUUACCUGUUUUCAUCAGAUUUAAUUGUACAGAGUGAAAUUGAACAAAUCAGGAGUUAACAGUUGUGAAAACAGACACGAAUGGAGUUGACUCUUUUGUUCACAGUAAUUUUCUUUGUUGGAACGUUCUAGCCAUUUUCUAUUCAAAAUGUAGCUCACAAACCAGCAGCAUCAGCACCAUCUGGGAGUUUAUUAGCAAUAUAGACUCUCAGGCCCCACCCAGACUUAGAGAAACCAGAGACUGUAAUUUCAUAAGACCUCCAAGUCAUUUCAGACAAAUGAAAGUCUGAAAAAUGUCCACCCAAGAAAGUGUUCAAGGGAACUUUCUGAAGCCACAGCACCCUCAGGGUCCCAAACCCACAUGGCCUCCAGACCUGUCCUUCUUUCUUCAGCUUAUUAUUAUGGGCCAAUAUUCUUGUCAGCCACUUCAUUCCUUGUCUAUUAAAAUACCUCGUUUGCCAAGGAACUGCCACUGAUAUCCCAAGAUUGAAAAAAGUUGCCUGAGAGUAAUGGUUGUCUCACUCAUGCUAAGCACAUGCUUGUUGACUAUCGUUAACACAAAAGGAAAAUGAAGCCGCAUUACAAUUGGAAAUUUGCUCAGAUGUUGAAGUCCACAAGGUUGGAUGGGGCCAUGAGGAACAAGAAGACCUGAGGAUAAUGAAUUCAUAUACAGAUGACUCCUUGAAGCAUGAACGAAAUUUGAUAAUCUGAUGAUAUGUAAAGAAUGCCCUCAGUAUUUAAAUAAAUCUCAUGCAACCGAGUGGUAUGGGGUAACAUUUUGCUCUUGGCAGAACUUGGGGGCCAGGAACCACAUUUUGGUGGGCAAAGGAUAUACAUGGGCGGGGAUUGGCUGAAUGUGCAAAAGGUGAAUUCUCAUUUCAUUCAAACCAGGGCAGACUUGUGUAUUCACUCAAGAAGAGUGUGACUGUAGGUAGGUAGGCACUGCAUAGGCGUACACGUGAACCCACAUACAUGUACACACAGGCACGCACACACACCUGCAGGCACAUCCUGGCUUUUCGAGCAUACUUGUGGAAAUUGAAAGGUGUUUGCAAUUAAGACAGCAAGUCGUCAACAAGUGUGCUCACAUAUGCUUUGUUCUAUAAAAAUGGGGACACAGGGGCUCAGAGAAAAAGGGGAAAUUAAUCUGGAUUCGGGUUAUCAGUGAAAUGAUGCUAUGGAUUACAGAAAAUGUGGUCAUAUCUUUAUGCUACCACAUUUUCAGAUGUCCUUCCGUAGAAGAGAAGAUGUAGCUGAAACCUCUGACCUGGAGCCAAACAUCUAACACAGAUGUAAGAAUAACAGGGGUAAAGUUAGUUCUAGAAGUUUAAGGGGCAAUUUCAAUGCACAAGAGGCUUUUUCUUUUAUUAUUCAGAAAUGUUUUCUCUCUUUCUGUUGAUAAUUUAAUGACAGAUUGUUUUAAUUUCUUAAAAAAAUUACACUAGUUUAGUUAGACAUUAGCUCUUUUAGUUAUUAUAUGUGGUUUUUUUAUUGUCUAUUGUGCUAUAAUCGACAGGAAAAUAAUGCCACAGGCAUGUUUACAGGCUUUCUGUUGCACUAUUAAAUUCUUUACACAGGAUUUACAUCAGUACUAAUUUGAAUGUGAUCAAGAUUAGGAAUCUUGCAUACUUACAUUGUAUUUGGUACACUGAUGUAGUGUGAGAUGGAGAAAUCUUUUGUUUAUUCAUUUAGUAUAUCUAUUUCAGCCAAAUCUGGAGGACUUGAUCACUUGAUCUUUUGCACUAUACACAAAACAAAUAUGCAGUAUCUUAAAAGCCAAUACUUGUACAAGUCAAUAAACCAUACUGUAAUAUAAUAUUCUGUAAAUAGUUCUAAACUUGCAUCUGGUUUGAAAGUUAGCAUUUCCUUACUUAUUAUUACUUUGUACACAAUACUCUGGUGUUAACAUACUAACAAAAGAUGUUAGGUGGCAAACUUAUUUGAUUAAAUCUGGAUAGUCUUUUGACUGAAACAGAUUUAUGCUCAACACCUAAGAAGUAAUCAAACUAAUGGAACGUUGUUGACCCAAAAAGGCUUUUGCAUUUUGAAACUUUUCCAACGCAUCAGGCCUUCUCAGUGAGACCAUUCAAAAAUGUCAUGUUCCGUUUGAAAAACCACAAAGUAAAUAGCAGUAAAUCAGUGUAA